GGCGGAGCCUCGGGCCGCCGAGAAGCGGCUGCUGCGGCCAAUCGCCGCUAGCCCAGCUCUCCUUCCUCCCGCCCAUCCUCGACUCGCGCCGCUCAGGGAGCGUCGGCGAAGUCCCGGGCAGGCCCCGAGGGGGCGGAGCCCGGCAGAGCGACCCGGCGCGGAGAUACUGUCUACUGAUGAUGGAGGAGGAAGAGGAGGAGGAGGAGGAGGAGGAUGAAGAAAGCUGGCUUCGACUCCGACCCAUUGAACCUUUGCCUUCUCAGUGCUGUGGCUGCGGCUGCAAACCCUGCAUCUUUGACAACUAUUAUCAGGAGCUGGAUCGGUGGGAAAAAGCCCGGGCCAAGAAGGAUAAGAGUCUCCUGUGGAGAAAGAAGGAAGAGCCUUGUCUCUCAGAGCUGAACCAGGAAACCUUCAAGGCCUUCCGCAUCAGCGCCAUGGAGCAGCUGACGGAUGACACCUGCCAGGUCCGCUUCGAGCUGCCGGAGAGCAAGCGACUGGGGCUGAGCCCUGGACAGCAUCUCAUCUUACGGGGGACCGUGAAUGGCUUGGAAGUCCAGAGAGCCUAUACGCCGAUCAGCUGUGGGAAUGUGGAGGGCUAUUUUGAAGUUUUAAUUAAGUGCUACGAGACGGGGCUCAUGUCCCAGCAUGUCAAGUCCUGGAAAGUUGGUGAUACGGCGUUUUGGCGAGGACCUUUUGGGGGCUUCCCCUACAAACCAAACCAGGUGAGUACAAAAUAAGGGGCUAAUGCCAUGGCCUUCGAGAUUCCUUCCUGAGCCAAAUGAGAAGAAGCUAUUAUAGAAGUGGCUUUUAAGCUUCUCCCAGGGAGUGGAGGUGUUUCGGCGUGUUCAUAAUGAGCAAUUAGUAUUUGUUUAUAUUGUAAUUUUCAUCGAGGUUUGUUUUUACAGAAAAAGCAAAAUCCUUUUAAUCCUGUCCUUUCUGUUCCUGAAUCUCAAGGACUCUUGCUUUCUUGGGGGCUGAGAGACCUGCAGGUGAUGGAGUGGACAUAAAUUAAAUAGUCCAUCGCUUUCUUUUCAGGAAGCCCCGAGAUCAUAAAUUUAGAGCUGGAAGAGACUGGGAAUUAUCUGGUACAACAACCUCUUUUUACAGCUGGGGUAACUGGCCCAGAGAGGUUAAGAGUUUACCAAGAUCACACAUACAGAGCCAGCUCUCCACCCACUGCACUAUACUGCAUCUCGUGCAAACCUUUGCAAGUGUCUCGAGCCAAAGUUCGUUACUUUAUUGUGUCCCAGACCCCUUGGGCAGGCAGUCUGGGAGAAGGCCGGAUGUGUAGGAUGGAGCCAGGGGAUGGAAGAUUUCAAUGCUCAAGUCAAAGGCUCCGAGGGGGGACACAUUAGAGUGAGAUUCUGGCAGCAGGGACAGGGACAAGAUAUAAGGUGAUACAAGAGGUCCUCCAAGAUUUGAAGGUUUUUCAGUAGGUCAACAAGCAUUUAUUAAGUGCCUCCUGUGUGCUGGGAUACAAAGUGUAUCCCACACAAUCGUGCUCUUAGGGAGCUCACAUCCUAAUGGGGGAAGCAGCAAGCGAAUGAUUAUUUAUAUUCAAAAUGUACAGGGUCACAGUGCCCACUUGCUGCCAAGGCAACAGGUAGAAUUGGUCCUCUGAGGUCUGUUCCGGCUCCCGUCUGCUGGAAUUUCUUUUUUCAUUUUUCAGUAGGGAGCUAGGGCGAGAUGGGAAGCAGGCUCUCCACAAAGACAGGCAGACAGUGAGGAAGAGCUGCUUGGCCCAGGAAGACAGAACUCAGAACAACAGGUGGAAAAGCCCAUUUCCACUCAAUAGCAGGAAAAACAGUGAACAAUCAGAACUUCCUCAAGUGGAACAGGCUGCUUUGGAAGAUGGCGAGUGUGCCCUCCCUGGAGCUCUCUGGGCACAGUUGCGUUGACCACUUGUUGGGGCCCUUCUCUAGGGAAUUCCUACUGUGCACAAAAUAUAGAUCAGAUGGGCCCUUCUAACUCACAGAUUUUGUGAUGAAAAGCAAGAUUUCAAGACUAUCUUGUCCAGCGGAGGGGCUGGAGGUAGUCAGGAAGCUGACAUCUGUAGUGUUAUAGUUAAAAAGCACCUUGCAAAUACCAGCUCCUUCCAUCUGUGCUUCUCUU